CAUCCAGUUAUAAGAGCCCAGCUGACCAGGUACUCAGGGUCCAUCCUUAAAAUGGUCAGUGAAAACUGACUCAAGAAAACACGCUCGGCGCAUUCAAGCUUAUUUUCCCCCUCGGGUGGUUUAUUUGCAGCUUUUGCGCCAAACUAAGAUGUAGAAAGACUUCCCGGAGUGUGAGGUGUGUUUUUCCUCCUUCUUUUCGGACUAUACUCCGACUGACAGGGGAUUUGGGGUUGGGACUGCUGCUCUUUCUACAUGAUGGCUUUUGCCAUGCUGCGGCCUGUGGCGACGCACUUGAUCUACUCGGACUUGUCGCUCAUGUCCGAGGACGACGAAAACCGCAGCGAGAGCGACGGGAGCUCGGAGCAUAGUUCCUGCGACUCCAGCGAAAAGCGCAGGAGGAUUUCACGCCAGCUGGAGGGAGAGCCCGCGGUUGUGGUGAAGCAGAGGAUCGCCGCCAACGCCAGGGAGAGAGGCAGGACGCAGAGCGUCAACACCGCCUUCUCGGCUCUCCGGACUCUUAUACCCACCGAGCCAGUGGACAGAAAGCUCUCCAAAAUUGAGACUCUCCGCCUGGCAUCAAGCUACAUCUCCCAUCUGGCUAACGUGCUCCUCAUUGGAGACGCCUGCGCGGACGGACAGCCGUGCCUCGGCGCGGUCCAUAUGCAAGGAGAGAGCGGAGCAAAGCAGCCGCGUAGCAUCUGCACAUUCUGCUUGAGCAACCAGAGGAAAGGGAUAAAGGAUGGGAAAGAUUGUCUAAAAAUGCGAGGACUGGGUCCACUCCGAAUGAGACGCUGACUGGAGACCAGCGAUACAUCAGCAACCUGAAAAUAAUCGAAGACUUUCUCAGGGAAGAGUCAAAGUUGGAUUUACAAGACACACAGUAUGCACACAUGCUGGAUCCAGUGAUGGAAGAGAAGGAGUGAGAGAAAAAAAACUAUUUAUACUUGAUUGAGAACUCUAAGCAUAAGCCUUUCAAAGAUGCAGUGCAUUUAUUUGAAACUUAUGAGAUUUUGUCCUUCCGUUUACUUGUUUGUUUGUUUGUUUUUCAA